AUGUUGUUCGCUUCAGCCACACUUUCGCUUGCUAGCGUUUGCACCGCACAAAUUCGAAUUAUCCAAAUCUUCGAUUGCUUCGAUUUUUUACUCAACACCUCUCGACAACGACAACUUUUUAAGCACCUCGACCAAACCGCCAAGAUGCUUAUCCCAAAGGCUGACCGCAAGAAGAUCCAUGAGUACUUGUUCCGUGAGGGCGUACUUGUCGCAAAGAAGGAGUACGAAAACAAGCACCCAGACAUUGACACCCGUAACCUUUACGUUGUCAAGGCUUGUCAAUCUUUGACCUCCCGUGGAUUUGUCAAGACUCAAUUCUCUUGGCAAUACUACUACUAUACCCUCACCGCAGAGGGUCUCGACUAUCUCCGCGAAUGGCUUCAUCUCCCCGCUGAGAUUGUCCCAGCUACACACAUCAAGGUCCAAAGAUCCCACGCUCCUCCUCGUGGUAUGAUGGGUGGUGAUGAGCAACGCUCUGAGCGCAAGCCAUUCGGUGGCCGUGGUGGACGUGGCGGUGGAGACCGUGGUGACCGUGCCGACCGUGGUGAUUACCGCAGACGUGAGGGUGGUGAGACCAAGGAAGGUGCUGCCCCAGGAGAGUUCGCUCCCCAAUUCCGUGGUGGAUUUGGACGUGGAAGUGGACGUGGAGGUGCCGGAGGUCCCCGUGAGGAGGCUGCUCCAGCUUCGUAG